AUGGCAUUCCAGAAUAUCAUUCAACACUUGCGCGCGCGCUUUGGGAAAUAUGAACGACUUUACGACGAGGAGCACAUUGAGUUGGAAUCACCACCUCACAAACGAUGCGUCCCCAAACGAUUUGGAUUUCCGAGGUUCAGGAAGCUCACGGUCUAUCUAAUCCUGAUCAACCUGAUCAUUCUCGGCCUAUUAAUUCAUUCCAUUCGCCCGCUCAUCACACUGCUCAUACGGAAUAAUGAGCUUUUCGCAAUCAAUUUCUCUGUCGACCAUGCAGCACAGCCAGACGCAUUUCAAAGGCCAGAUGGGAAGAAGAUACCGCGGAUUCUGCACCAAACAGCGCCCAACAGCUCUAUUCCAGAGAUUUGGGCGGCCUCGCAGCAGAGCUGCCAGAAAGCAUAUUCUGACUUUGAAUAUAAGCUCUGGACUGACGAGGGGGCGCGAGAGUUUCUGAAGGAGGAAUUUCCGUGGUAUCUCGACACUUGGGAUAAUUAUCCUUUUCCAAUUCAGCGCGCAGACGCAAUCCGCUAUUUUGUUCUGUAUCACUUUGGUGGGAUUUAUAUGGACAUGGACACAUAUUGCAACUCGUCCUUCCCCGUGGAUCAGAUCGAAUCACUACCAGGAAAGGAGCACGCUUUAUUCAAAUCGACAUUGCCGACUGGCAUCACGAAUGAUUUUUUGAUCGCGACCGCAAGGCAUCCAGCUUUCGCAUCGGCUGUAUCAAGACUCGCCAGCUUUCACCAAACAACCCGCCUCUGGGCCCGUCUUCAACCUUACGCAGCUAUCAUGCUGUCAACAGGUCCUCUCUUCCUGACCUUGGCAGUGCAGCAAUAUCUGCUCGGCCAGCCCAUUCUGCCAUCACCAAACAUAAACAUCAUAGACCCCGCGAUGGUGGACUAUUAUAUGACAGACUUUGAAACUGCGACAUGGCAUCAGAGCGACGCUCAGGUGCUCAAAUGGCUCGGCGACAGGCCAUGGACAUGGUUCAGCCUAGGAAUCAUUGGGGUUACCGCCGGCAUCUACACAUUUAAUUGCGUGCUAUCACGAACUUUUACGACUUUUUAUCGUAAGCUAUUAUAA